AUGCCGAACUAUAGUUGUAGCCAGAUUCCCGAGCCCCUCAAAGCAUACGGCGACAUCACAGGACUCGGAGUUGUUCUUGCUUUCACGAUUGCAGCAUGGUCGACGAUCCUAAUAUUAAUCGCUUACUAUCUGUUCGGAUUUGAUCCAAGCCUAAAUCCGUAUCGCAAGAUGACGAAUCAGGGCGAGGAAAUAGUUCCAAUAGCAACACGACAACCCAACCCUGCCGAUCAAAUGAUCUACAAACACACAAAGCGUCUCAGGGGUUGGUUUGGAUAUCACCCAGACGAGACGAGUGGUGUUGAGCAAGCAUUCCACAAAUGUAUUCUUACGCUUGCUGAUACGCAGUUGGUCACCGGCUUAUCCAUCAUGUUGAGCGGGUAUUUUGCUCUCACGCAAGGCCUCUCUGCCUACCACUGGCAGAUGGUGCUUUGUCUCGCAUGGUUCUCAACCAUGACCCAUCUCUCGGCGCUAACUUUCUUACGAACGUACCUUAACAAUCAUCCGGCCGCACGUUUAUGGCGAAUAUUGCUCAUGUCUCUGCUCACUACCACACUGUCAGUUGGUUUAAUCCCUACAGGUCACUUCACCUUCAUCACUAGGCAUACGUUCUCAUCUUGGCUAUCUCCCGAUACACCAGAUCGCAUCGACCUGGGAACUAUUAUAUACCCAGACGAUUGCGAUAAUUUCAAGAAUUCUACCCCGAAAGACUUACAUUGCUGGCUGUCACGCAGCCAAAACUUCCAUAAUGGCAGCAGCCCAUGCGUGACGUUUGGGCUGAACACUUGUACCGUGGACGGUAAACCUGUUAAUCAGUCUACACAUACAGAUCAGAAAGUAACACUUAACUUUCGGACUAAAAGAGACGAAAAACAUAAAUCAGGCUCACCUGGAGUUCUUCCCGAAUCCCCGGCAAUAUGCUUCUUCCGUGGGGGUAUGAUCACUAGGAGUGAAUCGUACUUUUCUCUAGUAGUGUCACUUACUUUACUCACUUAUGGUUAUACCAUAAGGGUAUUCAAGCUCUUUGAGAAGAUCCCCGAAAUAUUUUCCUGGCUCGGAGAAGAAAGACUAGACCACGGAUACCAAGCUCUUCUUCGUGCAUUGAAGCGAAGAUUAUCAGCAAAACCCCCGUCAAACGCCGUUUUGAUAGCUUCGUUGUGCGUACCACUACAAGCUUCCUUAUACCACACAUUGUGUAUAUUAUUGCAGUUGUACACUUCCAUGAUAGCAGAGGUGAGUGAUAUUGCCUCUUUAGUACUUUCAACUUGCGAACGGAACGUCUAA